GUUAUGAAGCAAUCUUGAAGGUUCUGUUACCUGUCUUCAUUAUUCAUUGCUUCAUUGUUGAUUUGCUCUAAUUUAUUUUAUUACCUUUAUUUGUGGUUGGGCGGAUUAACCAACUUUGUCUGAGUUUCUUAAGUCAUCCAUGACUUUUAGGGUUCUGUAAUAUUUGGUCAAACCCAUAUGAAAUUUAAUUUCUUUUAGAGGGUUGUUGGUGCAUUACCUACAAAAGGGGUAGCUUUGAUUUAGGUGGGAAUUCUACCAGUAUGCUUUAGUUAUAAAAAUAAAUCUUAUGCAGUUGGGAAAUUAUGAAAUAAAUACUUUAGUUUGUAAAAAAAAGUCUUGCUUUUUAGGUGAAUUUAAUAUCUUUUAUUACUUGUGAAUUACUUGUGAUCAAGCUAAAAUCUUUUGAUCACAAGGGUUUUCAAAUUUUGAUUGGAUUGAAAAGUUAUGGUGGGAAGCAUUGAGGUUAUGAUGCCGAAUGUACAUUCAAACGGGUCGGUUUCGGUUUCGGUUUCGCACAAUGGCGGGUUGGAAGAAAAGCUAGAUGAAUUUCGACGGAUUCUCGGAAAAUCUGAUGAUGACUUGCUAAAAAUCGUUGGAGUUGGUGCGGGUGCGUGGGGGAGUGUUUUCGCAGCGUUGCUUCAAGAUUCGUAUGGUCGGUUUCGUGACAAGGUUCAGAUUAGGAUAUGGAGAAGGGGUGGGCGAGCGGUUGAUCGAGCCACAGCGGAACACCUUUUCGAAGUGAUUAAUUCAAGGGAAGAUGUGUUAAGGAGGUUGAUUAGACGGUGUGCGUAUUUAAAAUACGUUGAGGCACGAUUAGGUGACAGGAUUCUUUAUGCGGAUGAGAUUUUGAAAGACGGGUUUUGUUUGAAUAUGGUGGAUACGCCUCUUAGUCCGAUGAAAGUUGUGACGAAUUUGCAGGAAGCUGUUUGGGAUGCUGAUAUUGUGGUUAAUGGAUUGCCUUCGACGGAAACGCGCGAGGUUUUUGAAGAAAUUAGGAACUAUUGGAAGGAGAGAAUUAGUCCGCCUAUUAUUAUAUCUUUGUCGAAGGGUAUCGAAGCUGCGUUAGAUCCGGUUCCUCAUAUUAUUACUCCGACACAGAUGAUCAGCAGGGCAACUGGAGUUCCGAAGGAAAACAUUCUAUAUCUUGGUGGACCGAAUAUCGCUUCUGAAAUUUACAACAAGGAGUAUGCCAAUGCUCGAAUUUGUGGGGCCGAAAAAUGGAGGAUACCACUUGCAAAGUUUCUAAGGCAACCCCAUUUCAUAGUAUGGGACAAUAGUGAUCUUGUCACACAUGAAGUCAUGGGAGGGUUGAAAAAUGUUUAUGCAAUUGGAGCCGGAAUGGUAGCAAGUCUGACCAACGAAAGUGCAACAAGCAAAUCGGUGUAUUUUGCACACUGCACAUCAGAAAUGAUUUUCAUCACUCAUUUAUUGACCGAAGAGCCAGAAAAACUUGCGGGCCCUUUGCUUGCAGACACAUAUGUGACACUUUUGAAAGGGCGUAAUGCUUGGUACGGCCAAAUGAUUGCCAAGGGAGAACUCAGUCUUGAUAUGGGUGACAGCAUCAGCGGUAAAGGGAUGAUUCAGGGAGUGUCUGCAGUGGGAGCAUUUUAUGAGCUUUUGAGUCAAUCGAGCUUGAGUGUAAUGCAUCCAAACGAAAAGAAGCCUGUUGCACCUGUCGAGUUGUGCCCCAUCUUGAAGACGUUAUACAAAAUACUCAUAAAGAGGGAACAAGAUUCACGAGCGAUUCUUGAGGCGCUGAGGGAUGAGAGAUUGAAUGAUCCGCGUGAAAGAAUUGAGAUUGCUCAGAGCCAUGCAUUCUACAAGCCUUCACUGCUUGGUCAGCCUUGACCACACCCUGUUUGGAUAUCAAUCAAGUGAUAAUAAAAAUAUCUGCAGCAAUGUUUAUUAUUGAAUAUUGAUUGUUUUCUUUUAAUGAUUAUCAUAACUACCAUAAGCUUCUCUAAAAUGAUUAUGGUGAUAUCCUAGAUGCUAAUAUUAUGAAAGUUAUAUAUUUUAUUCC